AUGAAUUCAAAAUAUCCAAAGUUUCAUAAAUAUGUUACAAAAGGUUAUCUACUAUUAAUAGGUUGUUUAGGAGUGAUUUUACCAAUUUGUUACGAGAUUAAUGAACAACCAAAUUUAACAGAAAUAUUAAUAAUAAUUGCAUAUGUUAUACUCUCAUAUGUAAUAUAUUGGUUAAUUGUAAGAUUAAAUUGUUAUGGAAUCCCAAUACAAAAAAGAAAUAAUCUUGGUGGGUCAAUUUAUUCACAACACGGUCAAAACAAUUCUUCAUCAACAUUAUCCAAUAACAACAACACAAUAAUAUAUCAAACAUUUGCUAAUUAUAGAUUAAAUGGCUUAGUUGAAAGAAUAAGAAUAUUUGGCAUCAUCGUCAUCACCACCAUCACAAACGAUCCUAUCAAAACAUUCUGA